UCCCUCUCCUUCUUGCUGUCCUUCUCUCGCCCUCGCUCUUGGUCCUGUCCGCGCCACCACCGCCCAUGCCCGACCGCACCUGCCGCUGAUAUCGCCUCCAACCUCGCCAGCCCGCCGCGACUUUUGGCGCGUAUCCCGUCUUUGCUCCGUGCACCCCCCGACGAAAAGGAGACCACCGCCACCACCACCACCACCCGCCACGAUGCGGAGAGGCGUCACCAUCUUCCUGCUCGUCACCGCCGUCGUCCUCGGCUUUGCCGUCCACAGCGUCUGGACUCUGCUCGGCCUCCUCGUCGCAACCGGCCGCGAGGACGCCAUUCUCCGCGGGGAACUGCCUGCGCCAAACUCGAGCGCAAUCAACCAUGCGCCCCAAUUGAUCCCCAAGAUCAUCCACCAGACGUACAUCAACGAGAGCAUCCCCGCCCACUGGAAGGCCCCCCAGCAGAGCUGCAUCGACCUGCACCCCGACUACGAGUACAAGCUGUGGACUGACAAGAAGGCGCGCGAGUUCAUUGCCGCAGAAUACCCCUGGUUCCUCGAGACUUUUGACGGCUAUCCCUACCCCAUCCAGCGCGCCGACUCGAUCCGAUACUUUGUGCUCCACCACUUUGGCGGCAUCUACAUUGACCUCGACGAUGGAUGCAACCGCAGCCUCGAUCCGCUCCUCGCCUACCCAGCAUGGGUCCGCCGCACGGUUCCCACGGGCAUCUCCAACGAUGCCAUGGGCGCCAUUCCCCGCCAUCCCUUCUUCCUCAAGGCCAUUGACUCGCUGACCGACUACAACCGCCGCUGGCCGCUGCCCUACAUCACCGUCAUGGCCUCGACGGGCCCCCUGUUUCUCAGUCUGGUCUGGAGGCACUACAACAACGCCGGCCCCGUCGACGAGGAGCGCGUGCGCAUCCUGUUCCCCGAAGAGUACAACAACCACUCGUGGAGCUUCUUCACCCACCACCUCGGCAACAGCUGGCACCGGACCGAUGUCAAGGUCAUCUUCUGGCUCGCCCGUCACUGGCUGCUCGUCACGAUUCUCGGCUUCAUUGCCGGCUUCACCAUCCUGGGCCUGUUGUACAAGUUCUUCGUCAUGAACAAGCGCUCGAGCGGCCCUGGCUCGCCCAAGAUCCGCUUCUUGAACCAGCGCAUGCCCUUUUACCGUCGCAUUAGCCAGAAGAGCUUUGAGCUUGACGACCGCCACGAGGUCUAAGGCAGCACCUUGAGGCGCAUUGCAUUAUUCCAGCGUUGUCCUGUGCCCCGCAUUUACCGGCGUUUUCUUUUACUGUCGCUCCGUGUCUUGACUUCGCUCGUAGACUUUUUCUUCUUUUCAUCUCAUCUAUUUGGUGGAGCGCAGUAUGCUCUAGUAGCUUGUUUAACUGAUUAUCUGGAGGGGAUUUGACACGGACGGCACGGUUGCUAUGUUUUUGGAACGGCUGGGCCACGUCGUAUGAAAAAGAAAAAGACAUCAUAGAGAGCCUCCCUGGGCAGCCAAGAAGAGGCAGAAUUGGCACGGUUAGAUUUGGGCGGCCAAUGCUUCGACUUGGCGAGACGAAACAUUACUAUUUACGAUAAUAUCAAGCACCAGCACAGCAUUUGCUGCUGCUGUGUAUUUCUGACCAAUAC